UAUGUGAAUCAUGCUUUAUCUUUAGUACCAAUUUUCAUUUUUUUGUUUGCCUGUGCCCCGUUGGCUUCACACAUGCAAACACACACAUGCAGCAACAGCUGAGUGGGAAGUAUUUGAUGCAUUUGCUAGAAUUUCCACGGCACGCAGAAGAAUCCCUGACUACACUGUCCAUUAAUGUGAUGUAUUUGUGCAAGCUCUUGUCGACUUCUCCCUUCCCCUCUGUUUCUAUUCUUGCUGUCUUAGACAAAUCAGCCCCGUAAUCGUUGUUAUUCCCAUUCCACAGAAUCACAUGAAGUUGUUCCAAUCGCACUUCAAAUAUUUGUUUUCUAAAAGAAAAAGAAAAAAGAAAAAAAAUGUUUAUAAAGCCAACAUUGAAGCCCCCCUACCCCCUCCCGCCUCCUCUUCACUCUCUUGAAAACUCUUUAGGCUUUUCCAGCUGAGCGAUUCAGGCUGAGGCGGGCGCAACCGCACUAGAGUGGAAGUCAAGUCGUGCUGGACUGGCGUGAUAACCGGUUGCAACUAAAGGAACACCUGAUUUGCACUAAAUCAUGCGUCUCCAUGAUGGAAUAUGUUGAUCGCUAAAGUUGACUCUGGAUUGUUAGUUUUCGGCUCUUUGCGAGGCAUGGCUUUCCUUUUAACUUGCUCAUUCCUGUUUUGUUACAGCACGAUCAGUGUUUGGGGAAAUCAGAACAGUGACACCAGUAUCUACUUGGAUAACAUCACGCGGAUCCUGGAUAGACUGCUGGAUGGGUAUGACAACCGUCUCCGACCUGGAUUUGGAGGGCCUGUCACAGAGGUUAAAACAGACAUAUUUGUCACCAGCUUUGGACCUGUAUCAGAUGUGGAGAUGGAAUAUACCAUGGAUGUGUUCUUUCGUCAAACAUGGAUCGAUGAACGGCUAAAAUUUGAUGGUCCAAUCGAGAUCUUGCGGCUCAACAACCUGAUGGUCAGCAAGAUCUGGACCCCUGACACCUUUUUCCGGAAUGGCAAGAGGUCGAUUUCUCACAACAUGACCACCCCCAACAAGCUGUUUCGCAUUAUGCAGAACGGAACAAUCCUCUACACCAUGAGAUUAACUAUAAAUGCAGAGUGUCCUAUGCGUCUGAUGAACUUCCCGAUGGAUGGACAUGCCUGCCCACUCAAGUUUGGGAGCUAUGCUUACCCAAUCAGCGAGAUUGUGUACACAUGGAAGAAGGGACCUUCGUCGUCUGUUGAAGUUCCACAGGAGUCUUCCAGUUUGUUACAGUAUGACCUAAUAGGUCAGACUGUAUCGAGUGAGAGAUUGAAAUCAAACACAGGUGAAUAUGCCAUCAUGACCGUUCACUUUCAUCUCCAAAGAAAAAUGGGAUUUUUCCUGAUUCAGACGUACAUUCCCUGCAUAAUGACUGUCAUUCUGGCUCAAGUUUCCUUUUGGAUUAAUAAGGAAUCGGUUCCUGCUCGAACUGUUUUCGGUAUCACAACCGUCCUGACCAUGACGACCCUCAGCAUCAGCGCCCGCCACUCCCUUCCAAAAGUUUCUUAUGCUACAGCAAUGGAUUGGUUCAUAGCCGUUUGCUUUGCCUUUGUCUUCUCUGCUCUUAUUGAGUUUGCGGCUGUCAACUACUUCUCCACGCUUCAGGCCAAUCGGGAACUGCGGAAAGCAGCAGCCAUGAGGGCGGCAGCUCAAGAGGCAGCAGCUGUGGCCGCAGCUGCGGCCACUGGAAACGAUGGCGAGGUUUCAUCAGUGGAUGCCAGUAGUGUGCUGAAGAAGAGAAUGAACUCCACCCCACUGUUUGAGCGUCCUGCCAAAACAUUUCCAAACCCACCUGUCAAUGCUCAAGCUUUCCUGCAGCAAGGUUCAGCAGUCCCGGCCAACAAUGUUCUGACUGGCACCAGCAUCAUUGACAAAUAUUCCCGCAUCCUCUUUCCUCUUUCAUUUGGCGCCUUCAACCUGGUCUACUGGAUUGUAUAUCUCACCAAGGACACUAUGGAGACGUCCAGGGACACCAUCUAAGAAAUUGUCUUCCUGGAAAAUGUUUAUACGAACUCUUAUGAAUACAAAAAACACAUACAGUCACCUUUAUGCUAUAUAUUCACAAAUUAAAAUAGCAGAGAGGUGUUUGCCAGGCACUAUUUUUGUGCUGCCUUGGUGUACUGAAUUUCUUUUUAAGUUGUCCCACAAAAGGGAGUAGCUCCUGCUGCCAAUUUGACCAGGGAGCUCAAAUCCAUGCAAGUCUCCAACUUUGGAAGAACUUCAAACAACCAGUACUUUUAUUAAUUACACUUCUGCACUGUUGAGAAAGAGGACCUACAUUUGAGGACCUUCUUAUUUUUUAUAGCUAUUUAAAAUUGUGUCUAUCUUGUGUUUUCAGUAUGUUUUCUUGGUGAAUGGGACAUUGCCUGUCAGGUUGUAUGUUCUCUUUUUCUUUGUUUCCUUCAACUGUAAUGUGAGCAUGCAUUUUCAGGCAUUAGUGUGACUUGCAUGUGCACUGGACAUGGUGCAUUCCCUUUUUUUAGGUAGAACAUGAAUAAGGAAACUGUGUUGCGGCUGCAUCUGUUGAAGCUCAGUAACGAAAGGUUCUGCAAAAAUGUAUUAUCAAAUUUGUAUUUGUUUUUAACCUUUUUUUUAUUAUUUGUUUAGGCUCUGUAGUAACGUACAUUUUGUUUGGAGUUUACAGAGUGGGAAUGUGUACAUGUUUUUUAUAGUAAAUUUCACAAAAAACUGUGGCCUGCAGGAACAUUUCCUUUCACAUGUAUAUGCAAAUAUUUACAUGUAAAAGCUGAAACAUGUGCAUACAAGUCUUUAAAGAUUGGAGAUUUUCAUGAUGAAGGGAUUAACAUAUAUGUCCCAGAUGUCCUAAAGACAGAAAUAAACUUAAGCCUCUUUCAGACGUGCACUUUUCUACAUUGAAACUGACGUCAACUGAUCAUGUUGGCUUCGUGUCAGUUCAUGUUAUCAAGUACAACCUGAGCAGAAAUACACAAAAGGUAAUCCUAAAUGGUAAACACUACUUAAAAAAUUAUUGUUGGCUGAGAAUGGACAGGUAUGUAGUCGUUAACAUCGGAGGACAGACAAAAUCUAUGUUUUUCUUUCAUGGUCUUGGCCCAAUAGGGGUGAAACGACUUAAUGGAUGAAUCCAAUUAAAUUCCCACAAUCCAACCAGA